AAUCAUGAAAGAUACUUCCAAACUAUCUCAGAUCGCUCGGGAUGUCGGUGUGCUCGAAUCAAAAAGACUUCGUCCACUGCAGCCUCGAGAACCAAAGCCCCAAUGGGCCACGGCUGCUGACGUCGCCGCUGCCAGAGGAAUCCUCGUUCAGCAGCGGACUCAAUGCGACUCAUGGAAAGAUCCCUCAAAGCAAAAACGGCGAUUCCUUCGUUCCAAAGAGAAGAAUGAGUCCUUGGCUGAUCCUAAAAAAUGGAAAUUCUCUAGAGUUGAACGCUCUAUCGCACUUGACAGGCAGAUUAAGGACCUAGGUCCUGUUGGCGUUGCACAGGCUAUUCUCGAUUUCGACAUAAUAGACGAACCACUAGAUGUUAAUUUGAUGUACUCAGCGAGUUUGAAAGAAAAGAAUGAUUUCGGUGAAGAAAAAUGUCAUGAAAAUGAUUGGUUAGAAUAUGUGACAGGAAAAGAUUUACUGGAUUAUGUGACUUUCCUUGUCAGCUACCCAACACGACAAUCAGCCAAAGACAAGGCUCUGUUGAUAGCUCUAAAUCGCCGGUGUAUGCCAGUGGUUAGAGAAUUAUUACAAUAUCACUCCAACCCAAACGGUCUCCAGGACUCAUAUUUUACCUCUGCAGUUAUUGAAGGCGAUUUUGAGCUCGUUGGACUAUUUUUGUCUGCACCAAAUCCGCUGGAAGACACUGUAAUAAAUGGAGGAUUAGUGAAAUCCGUUGAGCAACGCCACUCGCAUCUUGUAUCUCUACUUGUUGCACAUGGGGCCGAUGCAGGUUACGAAAAUGGUAAGGCUAUCGAGAUUGCCGUUCGAAACAGGGAUUUGCAGGACCUCUCUUUGAUGUGUUUGAAAUCUCAAAAACCGCUGGCAACAACAGUCUUCGAAAAUGCGAUAGUCGCAGCUUGCACUAUUCCCGAUGAGACCCUGAGAAACUCGAUCAUAAACAUACUCUUAUGUGCCGGAGCGGACCCCAGCCAUACUGCAUUGGAAGACUUGCUAUUGAACGCUGUCAAAGUAGGGAGCAUACCUACAGUAUCUCUCCUUAUCGACCAUGGAACAUCACCUAACAGAAAUGAAGCAGAAUGUUUACAGUUGGCUGUGCAGAACCUUCGGCUCGAUCUCCUGGAGAUAAUCCUUCGAAAUGAUGUCUCAGCUAAUGGUACUUCCAAAGCGCUAGAACGGAUUCCCGAAGAAGUACCAGAAAGCCAAUUUCGCAAAUUAUUAGCGCCUCUGCUCAAUAAAGGGGUUACUGAGGAAGCUCUUGGUGUUUGCUUAGCGCGUGUUGUUAGUAAACGUUUCAACUGUCUCGCAGACACGCUUGUAAAACGGGGAGCGUCCCUAGACUACGACGAUGCAACCUGCGUUCGAUUUGCUUUACGUGAGCAUAAUCUAACACUCCUCGAAACACUCCUCGCGGCUCCUUGUGCGGCCUAUAACCUGGCAAAGGCCAUUCCGGAUGCUAUGGCAAUAGGGUCUAAUUCUGUAAGGCGUAAUGCUAUGCAUUUGCUGUUGAGAAAGGGUGUCUCAGGACGAGAGUUGCACCGAGCCCUUCGUACAGUGAUUAGGGAGGAAGACCAUUAUCGCGUCGACUACGAACUAGCUGAACUCUUGAUUCGACAUAAAGCAUCUGUCGACUUCAUUGGAUCUAACGGGAAUUGCCUACAAAUCGCCACGGAGAGAAUCGAUUUGAGAGCUAUUAAAUUGCUAUGCCGGGCAAACCCAUCGCCGGAGGUUGUCUCUUCAGCUCUACCUUUUAUCUUCAAAUCAUUCAACGCCAACGACUACUCUAAAAUGUGUGAUAUAGUAUCUGUGUUGUUACUCCAUGGCGCGCGAGGAACGCCCUUGGCUCGAGCCCUCAUUGAUGCUGUUCAGCAAGAUGAACACGGCCGUAUUGUCACCUUGCUUUUGGAAAAUGGCGCCGAUCCGAAUUAUAAGGACGGAAAGGCAAUUGAGCACGCAUUGUGCGCCACAGAUACCAAAAUAUUGAGGCUAAUUUGCGAAAAUGGGAGGCUCGUACCAAGCUCUCUGGAAAGACUGGUUCCCCAGGUGCUAGAAACUCGAUGUUUUAGUAUCGAUAAGGCCGAACCGCUCAUCCGUUGCUGUGCAGAGUAUAGAAGCAUUCUCGAUGAAACACUUCUUCUAGAAGUUGAAUCCAAAGGUUGUCGUCGAGAUUUACUUGACCUUUUACUCGAACUCAAUGUAAAUGUUGAUUACAAGGACGCUGCUGCCGUCCACUGUGCUGUUCGAAAAGGCGAUAUUGGAACAACGCGAAUGCUUCUGUCCAAAGGCCCUGGGCGCGGCCACCUUUCAAGUCUUCUGAAAACAGCCUCAAAAAUCCAAGGUAGGAAAAAUGAAAAACUGGAGAUGAUGCGAAUUCUCCUUUCACAUGGCGGCCCUGGAUUUGGACAAGAUGAUAUUCUCCUUCAGGAAAUUGAACUAUUGACUGGAGAGGAUCUCUCUUCUAUCAAACUGUUGAUUGAAUACGGCGCAUCAAUAGACCAUAAAUCUGGUGCCUCAAUUCGGGCUGCAAUUGAUCGCAAUCAAAUUCACCUUUUUGGUCUAUUGAUGCUCCAAAGGCCCAACAAGAUAUCCCUAGAUAAUGCUUUUGAAGCGUGCAGGCGGAAUGUGGCCUUUACAGCUCAGGAGAGAUUAUAUAUCUUUGAUUCCUUGUUCAAUACUGGCCUAGAUUGUAGUAGAAAUGCUAGUCAAAUCAGCCUCGCCUUGAUCGAAGCCGUUGAGCGCGAUCCCUCUGAUACGACAAUUCCCGAUUUACUAUUGAGGAACGGUGCCUCCACAGAUUAUGACCAAGGUCGCGCGCUUCAAUCAGCGGUAUUGGCAGCAUCACUACCACUGGUCGAGAUUAUUCUUUCCCAAGGUAGACUUGCCGACAAGGCUGUGGAUAUAGCAUUCGAAAAAAUGAUUAAUUCUCGUUCAAUAAGCCUUCCUGAGGGGCUAAGAAUAGCUCAAUUGCUUCUGGGCCAUGGUGUGCGAAAGUCUCUUAUUGAAAAUGCUAUGAGUAAAGCGUUGUCACCAACUGAAUAUAUUUCCAAAAAAGAAGUCGGUUUAUUCCUGUCUCAUGGAGCCGAAGUCAAUGCCUCUAAUGGGGCAUACUUUGUCACCGCAGCUAUUAGAGAAGACAUGGAAUUGUUUCGCUUACUUCUCGUCAGCGGCAAGCCCGAUACAUCUAUCAUUGUCCCCGCUAUUAUCCAGUCAGUUCUUCCAGAGAAAUCCCUCAUUCACUAUCUACGGGUCUUAUUAGACAACGUAUCACAUGCCACCAUAAUGGAGUCCACCCUUUUUAUGGCAAUAGAACGCUUUCCCCGUGGAGAAGAGCUUGUGCGGUUUCUAUUGGAGCACGGAUCUACCCUAGGAUCUGGUAUUAAAACGACCAUAAGUACUGCAUUAGGUCCUGAAUGUGUUAAUCUUGUGGUGUGGGCUCUGUUACGCGAAAAUCCUAAGGUGAGCGAUGGGGUAAUCGUAACGAUAUUGCAAACUGGCAGAGAAGACUCUUCGUUCGUAGCUCCAAAGACACGAAUGUCACCAAUAAUUCUCGCAGCCAAGAAUCAGCGUCAUGCAGUUAUACGGGAGUUGGUCAGACAAAAGGCUGAUUUGUCUUGUCGUGAUUAUCAGAAUCAAUCCGCGCUAUUCUAUGCAAGUCGCAAUGGCGAUUUAGAGACUGUGAGGAUUCUAAUUCAAGCCGGUGCGCUUCCCGACGAUGGAAGUCUCCAUGAAUCUGCUCGAGAGACACAUUCGGCAAUUGUCUCCAUACUUCUUUCUGUUGGCCAUGAUGCCGGAUUCCCGUCACUUUUGCACGCUGGUGAAGAACUUGGGCGCACACCUUUGGAGGAACUAUGUCUAAAUACGAAAUGCCAAGACGAUGCUGCGUGGAACACAAGGCUUCGCGAGACAAUUGGUAUGCUGCUUCACUCUCAGGGAAAGGAGAUCAAAAAGGAUGGAAAUAAGAAGUCCGUCCUUCACCUAGCACUUGACAAUGCACAUCCAUUUGAGAUAACUGAGGCUCUAUUAGAGUUUCCUCAGAUCUGGAAGUUCAUCAAUGAACCAAUCCACCAAUUUGAGGACUCGGAAGGUUUCAUCUACUCUCCAACAAAAUACGUUGAGCAUUUCUACCAUGGGCCCAAACCAGUCGCUAAAGAACUUACCCGACUGCUCCGGGGAAAACGGUGUCAAGACUGCUACUAUUCUUCUAGAGAUAAAGACCAGCCAUCGGAUGCGGUUGGGAUUCCCAAGGAGAUCGCUGCCGAGAUAGAUAAGAGAAAGCGCAGAGAUCGAGAGCAGAGACAGGAAAUGAUACGAUUAGAUGAACUUGCGGCACAUCAACGAGAAAUUCGAAUGCAAAGUCAUCAGCUUGAUAUGCGUAUGUCUGAAGAGCGACACGACCAGGGAAUGAAACAGAUUCAGGACCGCGAGUUAUUCGAACAGCAGUCGAUGCAAAAGAAGCACAAAUUAACUAUCUUACACGAGGAAGACCUAAAUCAGCAACGUCGCAACCAACUAGAAGAAAACAGCAAACUCAAAAUCCGGCUUCUGGCUGAUGAGUCAAUCCACCAACAGUCACUUCUUGAGGCUGAGCGAAACGGGGAGCUUAAGUACAAGAACAGAUUGCUCAUACAGGAUCGAGAAGCGGAGGAGGCAAAAUUUAACAUUCAGAAGGCAUUCUUGUUGGAGCGCGAUCAAGUAGACGAGAAGCAACAUGAUCGGCAAAUGCAAUGGAUUGACCGUCAGGAUCAGAGUGUCAAGACCAGAGCGGUCGAAGUCAAGAGCAUAGCUGAAGCUGCUCGGUACGCCAACAUGCCCCCGAACCUUUUACAAUUGGAGGGGCCAGAUUAGGCUAUGGCAUUAAAUUUGAUUGGAUGUCUUAUCCUUUUUCCUCUUCUUUCUGUUUCUCUUUUAUUUAUUUAUUUUUUCCCCCCAGAUCUACAGAAUCUCUGUAAGCGUAGAUAAAAAUAUUAUAAACAGCUAGCCCAGUGCAC